AUGUCCGUCGCUUCCUCCUCAGCGAGCCAUGCCGGCCCUUCCGGCUCGUCGGCAGCACUUGAGCAGCCAGCGCUGCCUCCGCUCGGCGACCUCUUCGCCCGUUCUUCGAAACGUGCGCGCGUCCUGUUUCGCAUCGAGGACGACUACGACUUUGACAACUUUGGAGACGCUUCUGCUUUCGAACCGGCAAAAGCACACCUCUCCUCCAAGAUUAGCUCCGAGUACGUCGAUGCCAAGGUGCUCCCACCUGCCAUCCUCGCACAGCAGCAAGCCGCUGCAGGUCCCGCUCGUCCGGGCGCACCGAGUGCAACGGGAGCAGCGAGACCGACCAAGAGGAGAGGCGACGAGACGCAUCUUUCCCAGCUGAUAGAUCAGAUCGACACCGGCGGCUCGGCAUCCGCACCCGGCGUGGUCGGGCCAGUGGGUCCAUCGACAAGCCAGGCGCUUACGAUCCGCAGCAACGGUGCAGCCGGUGCAUCCAACGGACACUCGGCAGCUUCUGCAGCUGGGUCAAACGCCCUUGCGCUGGCGUCUCAUCGCGGUGGAACUUCGGGCCUGCUCUCUCAAGCGCUCAUCCAGAAGAAGGAGAUGGCGAGUCGCAAGGCCAAGCCCGCGUUCCAUCCCAACUGGAAGCUCGCCCGCGUCAUCUCGGGUCACCUUGGCUGGGUGCGCUGCGUGGCGGUGGAACCGGGCAACAAGUGGUUCGCGACCGGCGCUGGCGACCGCAUGAUCAAGAUCUGGGACCUCGCCUCGGGCGAGCUCAAGCUCUCGCUCACUGGCCACAUCUCGCCCGUACGCGGCAUUGCCAUUUCCGACCGACAUCCGUACCUCUUUUCGGCGGGCGAAGACCGCGUGGUCAAGUGCUGGGACUUGGAGACCAACAGGGUCAUCCGGCAGUAUGGCGGCCACUUGUCGGGCAUCUACUCGCUCGCGCUUCAUCCCACUCUGGAUCUGAUCGUCACAGGUGGCCGUGAUGCUACGGCGCGUGUGUGGGACAUGCGCACAAGGCAGGCUGUGCACGUCCUGACUGGCCACCGCGGCACCGUCGCAUCCGUGGCGUGCCAGGCUUCCGAGCCGCAGGUCAUCUCGGGCUCCAUGGAUGCCACGGUCAAGCUGUGGGAUCUCGCCGCGGGCAAGUCGAUCACCACGCUGACGCACCACAAGAAGAGUGUGCGCGCUCUCGCCAUCCACCCGACGCAGUACACGUUUGCAUCCGGCAGUGCGGGCGGCAACAACAUCAAGACGUGGAGAUGUCCCGAGGGUACGCUUGUCAACAACAUGGCUCACGACACCCUCGUCAACACGCUCAGCGUCAAUGCGGACGGCGUGCUCUUCAGCGGUGGCGACGACGGCAGCCUCAAGUUCUUCGACUAUGCCACAGGCGUGCCCUUCCAGGUGGCUGAGGAUGUGCCCCAGCCAGGCUCGCUCGACGCCGAGGCGGGCGUAUUCUGCUCCACCUUUGACCAAACCGGCACGCGUCUGCUCACCGGCGGCGCCGACAAAACCAUCAAGAUCUACAAGGAGGUCUGA